GAAGAAUUCAAAUUCAAUAUCAUUAGAUAAUAUUUCAUCAUAGAAUUCUAUUAAAUACGUAUUUUUACACAAAAUAAAACUAUGGAAAAAAAAUCACGGCGGUCUAUCGAGACCACCAACAUUCCCGGGCUGCACAGUUGAACGAGCGGUUAUGAAGCUUUAUCAAUAAGAAACUAGCUGUGGCGGGGAAGCUCCGGCUGGGUGCGGCUCCCUCCGAUGGAAUAUGGGAACAAUUCACAAUUCUAGGGAAAGAAAUGUUUAUAUAUACCUGUAUCCAACUCAAUUGAUAGAACCAUAUAUACCCGCAAAGUACAACAUUAUUGUUAAAAAUUGUUUAUUAUUAUUCUCAAUUUCCCCUUACCAUAUUAUAUUAGAGCAGCUGCCACGAUUCCCAACGAAUACAUUCUCAUAUGUAUAGACUCUCCUGUUAAAACCGUCAGGUAAAGAGAAAAAAGUAUUAAAAAAGACACCAUGUCAGCACAGGAUCCUGGCUUCAUCGCAGCUCUGGAAGAGGCCAAGAAGAGCGCUGCAGUAGGCGGCAUCCCCAUCGGCGCCUGUCUAGUCGCCAGGGACGGCAAGAUCCUGGGCCGCGGCCACAACAUGCGCGUGCAGAAAGGGAGCGCUACUUUACAUGGUGAGAUCGCCGCACUCGAAAACUCCGGCCGGCUACCGGCCUCCACCUACGUUGGCGCAACAAUGUACACCACCAUGUCCCCGUGCGACAUGUGCACCGGUGCCUGCGUGCUAUACAAGUUGAAGCGGGUUGUGGUGGGUGAGAACACCACGUUCAUGGGCGGCGAGCAGUACCUGAUUAAUAGAGGGGUGGAAGUUGUUGUGCUUGAUAAUAAGGAGUGUAUAGAGAUGGUGCAGAAGUUUAUUCAGGAGAGGCCUGACAUUUGGAAGGAUGAUCUUGGGCUGUGAGACUAUAACGUUGGACUGGAUAAACGCAGAGGUAGAAAGAAGAAAGGGGGUUUAGAUUUUAAAUAUAGGCGCGGACUUUUGGAUUGGAUUGGAUCACCAUAAACAUAUGUCAAUGCGUUCUGUAUGUUGAUUUUUUCUAGCUGAUGUUUGUGUACAUAUCAUGACCGUAAACAAGCUCGAAGCUUCCCCCCUUGAUCUUUUCUAUCUAACUUUUUGUAACCUUCCAUUGGCCCUUUUAUUCUCUCAUUCAUGCGGAUGUUAGGCGGUGAAUUUCCCGGAAGUAGAAUUUCAAGUCCUCUGGGUCAACAAGAGGAGUAAUUCCUAUAGUUCCUGGGUAUUAGUAUCCAUACAUCUUCAUUUCCCUUUCCAAA